AAGAAGAAGAAGAAGAAGAAGAAGAAGAAGAAGAAGAAGAAGAAGAACGUGAACGGCUAGUGCUUUGGUUUGUUUACGUCGUGAAUAUAAAAUGUCACAAUUACAGCUCUUGAAUGUGUUUCUGACCGAACGAUUAACAGCGGUAGCUAUGGAGAUAUCUGUUGUACUUGAACAAAAUUUAGGCGAGUACCAGGAAGAAAUCUCCCGUUCAAAUGAGGAGAACAAACGUCUACAGAACCUGUUGGACUUGGUUUUCAGCUCCGAAAUCAAGUUACUCCGCGAAGACUCCCAGCAGCUCUCUCUUCCUGUCUCUGAAGAGGAGGUUCCCCCUGAGCAGCAGCACUGUGAGCAGGAGAGUAGCCCCAGUCAGAGGCAGGAGGACCCAGAGCCCACACUGAUUAAAGAGGAACAGGAGGAACUCAGGACCAAUCAGGAGGAAGACCAGCCUCAAGUUCUGGAACCUGAUACCAAAGACCUCUUGAUUCCUGCCUGUGUGAAAAGUGACUAUGAACAGGACCCACCUCUGCCCUCACAUCUUGACCAAACCUUGGAGAACAGAGAGAGGGACUCUCUACCCACCAACACAACUGAACAGAUCAAAACAGAACCUGAUGGAGAGGACUACAGAGGAUCAGAACCAACCAGGGACUCUCAACUCCUCUCUGAAGCCCAGAUAGAAAACAUAGACGAACGUGUUGAUGGGAUGGAGAGACACAUUCCUCCUCCCUUCUCUCCAGACUCCCAGCAGCCCUCUCUCUCUGUCUCUAAAGAGGAGGUUCCUCCAGAGCAGCAGGAGAGAAGCCCCAGGCUGGGUCUGGAGGACCCAGAGCCCACAAAACAAGAGGAACUCUGGACGAAUCAGGAGGAACAGCAGCUGGAAUCUGACAGCAGCGUAUCAGAACCAACCAGUGACUCUCAGCUCCUCUCUGCAGUAAAUCCAGACUGUUCUGCAGCUCUGGGGGAAAACAGAGUAUGUGUUGAUGGGGCAGUGGAGAUGCUUGUUCUUCUUUUCUUCCCUCCAGACUCCCAGCAGCUCUCUCUUCCUGUCUCUGAAGAAGAGGUUCCCCCUGAGCAGCAGCUCUGUGAGCAGGAGAGAAGCCCCAGUCAGAGGCAGGAGGACCCAGAACCCACACAGAUUAAAGAGGAACAGGAGGAACUCAGGACCAAUCAGGAGGAAGACCAGCCUCAAGGUCUGGAGUCUGAAAUCAGAGUAUCAGAACCAACCAGCCUCUGCAGAGUUUUAGAACCAACCAGUCUUUGCAAAGUAUUAGAAUCAACGUCUGUAGCAAAUCCAGACUGUUCUGCAGCUCAGAGUGAAAAGAUAGAAGAAUAUGUUGAUGGGUUGGAGAGACCCAUUCUACCUUCCUACCCUCCAGAACUCCCUGUCUUUGAAGAGGAGGUUCCCCAUGAACAGCAAGAGAGGAGCCCCAGGCUGGGUCUGGAGGACCCAGAGCCCACAAAGGUUAAAGACAAAUGGGAGGAAUUCAUGACCAGGCAGGAGGAAGAGCAGCUUCACAUUGGGCUAUCAGAAUCAACAAGCCUUUGUAGAGUAUCAGAACCAACCCUCUCUGUAGCAAAUCCAGACUGUUCUGAAGCCCAGGUAGAAAACAUAGAAGAACGUGUUGAUGGGAUGGAGAGACACAUUCCUCCCCCCUUCUCUCCAGACUCCCAGCAGCCCUCUCUCUCUGUCUCUAAAGAGGAGGUUCCCCCAGAGCAGCAGGAGAGAAGCCCCAGGCUGGGUCUGGAGGACCCAGAGCCCACAAAACAAGAGGAACUCUGGAUGAAUCAGGAGGAACAGCAGAUGGAAUCUGACAGCAGCGUAUCAGAACCAACCAGUGACUCUCAUCUCCUCUCUGCAGUAAAUCCAGAAUGUUCUGCAGCUCAGAGCGAAAGCGGUAAAGUUCAUCAGAGUCCCAGAACAUCUUCAGAACAAGUUUCUAGUAACGUGGAAUCAAAUGAAGCAUCUAAUUUCUCUACCUGGAGUGAGGAAAACAUCUCGGCUACAGACAGCAACUCUUCAGACAGGAACUCCUGCACUAAAGAAGACUCUGAGGCACGUAAACCAGCCAAGAGAACACGCCAUUCUAGUGGUGUGGUGAAUGAAAAAUCUGAUCUGUCUAACUUCUGUGAUGAAAAUAACCCGGGGACUGAGAUCAGGCCUUCAGAUGGCAACAAAGACAUGAACAUCCAAACAGACUCUGGGGCUCAUAAUCCAGCUAAGAGGAUAUGUCGGAGGGUGCCUGAUAUGUCAGAGGGUGCAGUAGCAAGACGUGGGAGUGGAGAGAUGGCCUCCUGUUCCCGUCCCAAAGUGCCAGGAUCCACUCCAGAUUACACCCACUGCUUGCACUGUCAAGGUCCCCAGCCGACCCCCGUCACACAGGCGCCCUGCCAGCCGACCCCCGUCACACAGGCGCCCUGCCAGCCGACCCCCGUCACACAGGCGCCCUGCCAGCCGACCGCCGUCACACUUGCGUCCUGCCAGCCGACCGCCGUCACGCAGGCGCCCUGCCAGCCGACCGCCGUCACGCAGGCGCCCUGCCAGCCGACCGCCGUCACGCAGGCGCCCUGCCAGCCGACCGCCGUCACGCAGGCGCCCUGCCAGCCGACCCCUGUCACGCAGGCGCCCUGCCAGCCGACCCCUGUCACGCUUGCGUCCUGCCAGCCGACCCCUGUCACGCUUGCGUCCUGCCAGCCGACCCCUGUCACGCUUGCGUCCUGCCAGCCGACCCCUGUCACGCUUGCGUCCUGCCAGCCGACCCCUGUCACGCUUGCGUCCUGCCAGCCGACCCCUGUCACACUUGCGCCCUGCCAGCUGACCGCCGUCACGCAGGCGCCCUGCCAGCUGACCGCCGUCACGCAGGCGCCCUGCCAGCUGACCCCUGUCACACUUGCGUCCUGCCAGCCGACUGCCGUCACACUUGCGUCCUGCCAGCCGACUGCCGUCACGCAGGCGCCUGGCCAGCCGAUCCGUCGCACACGCACCCAGCCGAUCCGUCGCACACGCACCCACGCGACCCGUCGCACACGCACCCAGCCGACCCGUCGCACACGCACCCAGCCGACCCGUCGCACACGCACCCAGCCGACCCGUCACCCACGCACCCAGCCGACCCGUCACCCACGCACCCAGCCGACCCGUCGCACACGCACCCAGCCGACCCCUGUCGCACUUGCGCCCUGCCAGCCGACCGCCGUCACACAGGCGCCUGACCAGCCGAUCCGUCGCACACGCACCCAGCCGACCCCUGUCGCACUUGCGCCCUGCCAGCCGACCGCCGUCACACAGGCGCCCUGCCAGCCGACCGCCGUCACGCAGGCGCCCUGCCAGCCGACCGCCGUCACGCAGGCGCCCUGCCAGCCGACCGCCGUCACGCAGGCGCCCUGCCAGCCGACCGCCGUCACGCAGGCGCCCUGCCAGCCGACCGCCGUCACGCAGGCGCCCUGCCAGCCGACCGCCGUCACGCAGGCGCCCUGCCAGCCGACCGCCGUCACGCAAGCGCCCUGCCAGCCGACCGCCGUCACGCAGGCGCCCUGCCAGCUGACCCCUGUCACGCUUGCGUCCUGCCAGCCGACCCCUGUCACACUUGCGUCCUGCCAGCUGACCCCUGUCACGCAGGCGCCUGGCCAGCCGAUCCGUCGCACACGCACCCAGCCGACCCGUCACCCACGCACCCAGCCGACCCGUCACCCACGCACCCAGCCGACCCGUCACCCACGCACCCAGCCGACCCGUCACCCACGCACCCAGCCGACCCGUCGCACACGCACCCAGCCGACCCCUGUCGCACUUGCGCCCUGCCAGCCGACCGCCGUCACACAGGCGCCUGACCAGCCGAUCCGUCGCACACGCACCCAGCCGACCCCUGUCGCACUUGCGCCCUGCCAGCCGACCGCCGUCACACAGGCGCCCUGCCAGCCGACCGCCGUCACGCAGGCGCCCUGCCAGCCGACCGCCGUCACGCUGGCGCCCUGCCAGCCGACCGCCGUCACGCAGGCGCCCUGCCAGCCGACCGCCGUCACGCAGGCGCCCUGCCAGCCGACCGCCGUCACGCAGGCGCCCUGCCAGCCGACCGCCGUCACGCAGGCGCCCUGCCAGCCGAUCGGUCGCACACGCACCCAGCCGACCCCUGUCGCACUUGCGCCCGGCCAGCCGACCAAACGUCUACAGAGUGACUCUCAGCUCCUCUCUGCAGUAAAUCCAGAAUGUUCUGCAGCUCAGAGUGAAAACGGUAAAGUUCAUCAGAGUCCCAGAACAUCUUCAGAACAAGUUUCUAGUAACGUGGAAUCAAAUGAAGCAUCUCAUUUCUCUACCUGGAGUGAGGAAAACAUCUCAGCUACAGACAGCAACUCUUCAGACAGGAACUCCUGCACUAAAGAAGACUCUGAGGCACGUAAACCAGCCAAGAGAACACGCCAUUCUAGUGGUGUGGUGAAUGAACCAUCUGAUCUGUCUAACUUCUGUGAUGAAAACAACCCGGGGACUGAGAUCAGGCCUUCAGACGGCAACAAAGACAUGAACAUCCAAACAGACUCUGGGGCUCAUAAUCCAGCUAAGAGGAUAUGUCGGAGGGUGCCUGAUAUGUCAGAGGGUGCAGUAGCAAGACGUGGGAGUGGAGAGAUGGCUUCCUGUUCCCGUCCCAAAGUGCCAGGAUCCACUCCAGAUUACACCCACUGCUUGCACUGUCAAGGUCUGUACAUUCGAAAGUCACUAUGGAAACAUGUCAGAUACUGCCCUCUGAACCCCAAAGCUGAAGAACCAAAACCUGGACAAAAGAUGAGGUUUCAGUCAGCAAUGGUGUUUAAGUUGUGUCCUCAACCCGACUACGUCAGCACAGGUCUUUGGAAGAUAGUUUGUGGUAUGAACUCCGGCCAAGUUUCAUUUGUGGUUAGAAAUGACAAGUGUAUCCUCCUCAUGGGAGAAGAGAUGUACAACAAACUACCGCCAGAUGACAGAAGAAAUAAAUACAUUCAACAAAGAAUGAGAGAGGUGGCAAGACUCCUCAUCACGGCCAGGACGUGUACACCUCUGAUGUCCUUUGAGGACCUGGUCAUACCUAGUAAUUUACCUCAAGUCAUCACGGCAGUGAGAGCUGUUGCUGGCUACAACGAGGAGAACAAAACGUACGACUGUCCGACGCUGGCUGUUCAAAUGGGAUACAACUUAAUGAACAUUGGCAGCGCUGUGGAAUCCUCUGCACUGACGUCAGGACAACACAAAGUCGCGGAGUCUGCUUGCAAAUUCAAAAGUUUCAAGUGGAAUGAGGUUGUUUUGGCUGGAGCACUGUCCACUCUCAGUGAACCCAAAAAUAAAUGUCCCCAGCCGACCGCCGUCACACAGGCGCCCUGCCAGCCGACCCCCGUCACACAGGCGCCCUGCCAGCCGGCCAUCGUCACACAGGCGCCCUGCCAGCCGACCCCUGUCACACAGGCGCCCUGCCAGCCGACCCCUGUCACACAGGCGCCCUGCCAGCCGACCCCUGUCACACAGGCGUCCUGCCCGCCGACCCCUGUCACACAGGCGCCCUGCCAGCCGACCCCUGUCACACAGGCGCCCUGCCAGCCGACCCCUGUCACACAGGCGCCCUGCCAGCCGACCCCUGUCACACAGGCGCCCUGCCAGCCGACCCCUGUCACACAGGCGCCCUGCCAGCCGACCCCUGUCACACAGGCGCCCUGCCAGCCGACCCCUGUCACACAGGCGCCCUGCCAGCCGACCCCUGUCACACAGGCGCCCUGCCAGCCGACCCCUGUCACACAGGCGCCCUGCCAGCCGAUCCGUCGCACACGCACCCAGCCGACCCGUCGCACACGCACCCAGCCGACCCGUCGCACACGCACCCAGCCGACCCGUCGCACACGCACCCAGCUGACCACUGUCGCACUUGCGCCCGGCCAGCCGACCCGUGGCACAGGCACCCAGCCGACCCGUCGCACAGGCACCCAGCCGACCCGUCGCACAGGCACCCAGCCGACCCGUCGCACAGGCACCCAGCCGACCCGUCGCACAGGCACCCAGCCGACCCGUCGCACAGGCACCCAGCCGACCCGUCGCACAGGCACCCAGCCGACCCGAAGAAACACUGUGAGAUUAAAGUCGAUCACUGAUGAGGUAGCAGCAGUAGAGAAACACAUGAGGCCGUUCAUAAAGAGUAGCCGAGUUCCUGAAAAGAGGGACUGCCUCGAAUGCCUCCAGUCAGAACCUGUGGCGCUCAAAAGCAGAGACUGGUCGGGCAUUAAGUUCUAUGUAAAUAGAGUCAAACAGAGACAGAGUAUUGCAGGGAACUCAGAGGGCAGCAGCCCUGACCGGGACUCAACCUCAGGUCCAGCAGCCCUGACCGGGACUCAACCUCAGGUCCAGCAGCCCUGACCGGGACUCAACCUCAGGUCCAGCAGCCCUGACCGGGACUCAACCUCAGGUCAGGCAGCGCUGACCGGGACUCAACCUCAGGUCCAGCAGCCCUGACCGGGACUCAACCUCAGGUCCAGAGACUGAGUACUGCAGGGGAAUCAGAGGGCAGCAGCCCUGACCGGGACUCAACCUCAGGUCCAGAGACUGGCAACCCAACACCUUAGCCAAACAAAAUGUUAUUGUUCUUUGACUCAGUAAUUGGUGCCUUCCGGGUGUGCUAUAAAGUUCAGGAAGUUAUGGGCAAAGUUCGAAAUUUGUUUUACAAUGUAAGGUUACUUUUAAUCGGUCUAUCUGCAUAUUUCAAGACAUGGCAUGUCGGGGUGACGUUAGAUAACCAACGGGUCGGACAAUAUUAUUUCCCCCACUUAUAUUGAAGAUGUUACUGAAAUACAGGAAGUCAAAUUAUACUCCAACAUUAAGAGAAUGGAAGAAUCAAGCAUUUUAUUAUUUAAAUAUCGAAUACAAUCUUUCUACAGACAGAAACAACAUAACAAUUUGUAGUCGUUGGAAAAUGGCCCCUUGUUUUUCAAGCCCUGAGAAACAGACAGUUACUGAAGCGUCCCUGGAGAAGUGGUUCUGUGCCUUGCUCAAGGGCACAACAGCAGGAGGCGGCGUCUAGGAUACCCAGAAACCUACCAGAAUUGUUCCAUUCAGACUUGGGAUUCAAACCAGUGACUGUCCAGUGGCAGGUCUGCCUCUAAGGACAUGAUCAAUGAAAUGUUACCUGGCUAAAACCAUUUACCACAACUACUACCUUCCAAACUGUUUUCCGUAGCUCACUGACUAACCUAGUGUUGAGCUAACGUUGGCAAAAGUCACUGCUUUUCCAGAAGUCCUGGGUGAAAUAUUCACACAAUCAGAAGGGAUGAAAUCCGGAAUCCUUUAUCCAGGAUUUCCAGAAUACCUGUGAGUUUUGGGAAAGCGAUCAGUUGGGCUGUAUUAAAGUUACUAUUGAAUCAUCA